UGAUCCCUUUCCCACUGAGCCAGCCCCGAGCUGUUUCAUUGACAAACAUUCCGGUUGCUGCAUUUCUGUCACGGACAGCGUCGAGGAGCGGAGCAUCGCCGGGGGAGCGGUGCAGAGCAGCAGCAGCAGAAGCAGCAGCAGCAGCAGCAGCAGCACAAGAGGAAGCAGCAGCUGCAGUCAUCAUCAACAACAACCCCCGGUGUCGUUCGCACCAGUUUAUAAGCUGUUGAUUCGCCACUUGGACCCGGACUGGAUCCUCGCGCACCCCCCCCUCACCUCCCUCCGCGCUCUCUCGGGACAGCCAGAAGAAUCACCUGAGGGGGGGAUCAGACAGCUUUUGCCACUCGGACCCCUUGGGGGACGCGAGGCGGCGUCGUUAACGCUCACUCACUGGCACAUUACUGGAUUUGUUUAACGACUUCCACAUGAAGCGCCCGGACGCACCGAUGGAGGAUUCUGGACGCUUUUGUAAAGCACGGAUAUCUGCGAGACUGCAGCGGCCGGUGUGUGAUGCGAACUGAGCCGUGGGUGGUGUAGACCCCCUCCCCGCACCCCACACACCCCCACCGCCUUAUCCACGUACACCCCCCCAUCCCUCCCAACCGGGACGCACAGUCUUGUUUCACUCCACCGGGGGAACAUGUCCCGGGCAGCGGCUAUCGCCAGCUCCCUGAUCCGCCAGAAGCGGCAGGCGAGGGAGCGGGAGAAGGCAAAUGCUUGCCGCGGCAGCGGCAGCCCGAGCAACAGCAAAGGCACAAACGAGAAGCCGAGCAAGCUGAACGUGUUCUCGCGUGUCAAAUUGUUUGGAUCGAGGAAGAAACGGAAGAGAAGGCGACCACCAGAGCCCCAGUUAAAGGGCAUUGUGACCAGGCUUUCCAGUCGCCAGGGCUUCCAGCUGCAGAUGCAGCCUGAUGGCACCAUUGAUGGAACCAAGGAUGAAGACAGCACCUAUGCUGUGUUCAACCUGAUCCCGGUGGGGCUCCGCGUGGUGGCCAUCCAGGGCGUUCAGACCAAACUCUAUCUGGCAAUGAACAACGAAGGAUUUCUCUACACCUCUGAACAUUUUACCCCGGAGUGUAAGUUCAAGGAGUCCGUGUUUGAGAACUACUACGUCACCUACUCCUCCAUGCUGUACCGGCAGCAGGCCUCAGGUCGGGCUUGGUACCUCGGGCUCAACAAGGAGGGUGGAAUUAUGAAGGGGAACCACGUCAAGAAGAACAAGGCCGCAGCACACUUCAUACCGAAACCGCUCAAAGUGGCCAUGUAUAGGGAGCCCUCCCUCCACGACCUGACAGAACUCUCACGGUCAGGCAGCGGCACACCGACCAAGAGUCGCAGCGCUUCGGCCCUGCUUAACGGCGGAGGGAAGUCGCCCAGCAACAAUGACUUAUCCUAGCCCCACACCCCUCACACCUCACACUCACAAACAUACACACACACACACAAGUACACACUCACAAACAUACACACACACACACACACACUCACAGAUCUCAGGCCGACAUGCCCACACAUCAGGCUGGUGAGGGGUGGUAGGAGGAGGAGGUGAGGAGAAAACGAAGGAGGACAGGAAUGUGUUCUUCCACUUAACGGAGCCCACUGUGACUGACUGUGAUGUAAAUAAAUCAAGGACAAUCAACCCGUCUGGCUCUGCUGCUCUGGUCUGCAGAGGGACAGGACCUGUGAAUCUCUCCCCUUGACUACUCUUCCUGCUGUAACAUAACCAGAGAGAACAAGGGAGGGAGAAGGAGUAAAGAAACGAGGGACAGAGAGAGUCAGUCAGUCACAUAGUCAGAUAAACAGACUGUUACAGAGAACCAAAGAGUCCAAGUAUUAACUAACUAAGUUAUUGCAGUGAAAAGGAACGUGACGAGAAAGUUAGAGGGUGACAAAGGAAGGAAGGAAGUCUUUAUCUACUCUACCGUAUGCUAUGUUUACACAGAGCUCAUGGGGUUAAGUCAUAUUUUUAAAAAUGACGAACGUAUUCCUUGUACACUUAUGAGGAUCGAUCAUUUGUUUGCAUGCAGGUGCGUCUGUGUGUGUGCGCGCGUGAGUGUGAGUGGUCACGCUGUGCUUGCAGUAGGAGUGUUGUGUGCGUGUGUGGGCAAGCGAGAGUGUGCGCACGCAUGUGUCUGGGGGGGGAUUUUACCUUUUUAAGAUCUGUUGUAUAUCAGACAAACCUCCUGAGGGCUUUAGCAGGUUAAAAUAAGGUUUACUGUAUAUGCUUCCAUGCUUACUUCUUACAAGCAAUGCUGUUGUUUAUCUUUCCGUUUGUUGUUGUUGUCCCUUGCUGUUUGUUUGUUUGUUUGUUGUUGCAUGGAAGCUUGUGGACCUCUGCUCAGUAGCAGCAUGCCGAAGGUCCGUUUUUUUUCUGGUCUUACGUGUUCCUGACCUAAAGAGAACACUAGUGAGCCAAUAGUGUCGUACCAGAACACUAGUGAACCAAUGGGAGGGUGUUGGAACACUACUGGACCAAUCAUAUUGCACCAGAACAUGAAUGGACCAAUGGUGUUGGACCAGAACCACAACCACCUGGACCAAUGGGAGCACAGAUUAACUUACUAUUUUGGUUCCUGCUGUGGACAAACUAGAAAUGCACUAAAUAAACUCUUUCUAAAGAAGUUA